AAAGAUGCAUCAGCCUCUCUUGAAGCAGAUCUCGGAUAACAAUCUGAGGGGUGUGUGUUUUUCUUCAACUUCUUUUUCUUACAACAGUAGAAAGAGAACCAGUGGGCAGCCGCUUAAAAUGGCCCUGUGAGAAAGACAAAGUGCGUUUUAAAAAUGUCUGAAGGUAUUCCGGCCCGUUACGCAGUCGCCGUUGUGGCUUUUGUCAAUUUCCUGUACGUCUAUAUGGUUCGCUUGAAUGUCAACAUUGUCAUUGUAGCCAUGGUCAACUACACAGCUAUUCCGCACACAAACAUUACGACGGCCGAGGAAUGCGGCCACCCAGAAGCGGCAGUAACCGAAGUCACUCAGAAAGAUGGCGAGUUUGUUUGGGAUGAGAAAAUCCAGUCGCUCGUCUCCGUUUCUUUCUUCUGGGGAUACAUCAUCACGCAGCUGAUUGGAGGAAGGAUAGCAGAGCGAUUCGGCACUAGAUACAUGUUUGCCGUUGCGCAAAUGACGGCCGGCCUUGUCACGAUUUGUCUUCCCGUUUUGGCAAGAGCUGGAACAGAAUAUUUUGUAGCAGGGAGAAUCCUAUUAGGAUUGGCGCAGGGAGUGAUUGUUCCAUCCAUUCAGCCACUAGUGGCAAAAUGGGCUCCAACUGGAGAGCGUAGCAGCAUCUCCACUUUCAUAUUUUCAGGUGCUCAGAUUGGGACAGUCCUAGGAAUUACUUUUAGUGGACUGAUAGCUGAUUUCUUGGGGUGGGAGGCUGUCUUCUACAUCCAAGGAUCUCUCGCAGCAGUUGUGGUUGGGAUGUGGCUUUACGUGGUUUAUGAUUCACCGGAACUGCACCCCAGAAUUUCUGCAAAAGAAAAAGAUUACAUUAGAAGCUCAACUUUCACAUCAUCUAGCAAGACAUUGGCUGUGCCAUGGAUGUCCAUUGCAACUUCGAUUCCCUGCUGGGCUCUGCUGGUGGCCACUCUUGGAAAUAACUGGGCAUUUUACAUGUUGAUUACACAACUGCCCAUAUACAUGAAAACCAUUCUCCACUUUGACAUGAAAAGCAACGCAUUGCUAUCGGCCCUGCCUUAUUUGGUCAUGUGGAUAUUGAGCCUUUUGGUGGCCCAGUUUGCAGAUUUAACGGCGCGAAGAGGCUGGGCAACGACCAACGUUAUUCGAAAGACGGCCAAUACCAUUGCCAAACUAGGUCCUGCCCUUUGUUUAUUGAUGGUAUCAUUUACUGGCUGCGAUCGUUUGUCAACUCUAGUGUUGCUGGUAAUGGCCGUCGGACUGCAAGGCGCCGUGUUCAGUGGUUUCCUCAUCAACCAUUUGGAUGUGGCGCCUUAUUUCUCAGGGACAAUCUACGGAAUAAUUAGCGGUUUGGCUUCCGUUAACAGUUGGCUAGCGCCUCUGGUGGUUGCCUCACUGACGGAAGCUCAGCAAACUGUGGCUCAAUGGCGGAUCGCCUUCCUGCUGUGCUCUUCCAUAUUGGUCAUCGACGCCUUCGUCUUCCUUCUGUUCGGCUCGACUGAACGCCAACCCUGGGACAAAGAACAAGAAACCAACUGAAAAACUAAACUAACUUUCUCUCUCUUGAAACGUGUAUAACCAAUACGUACCGUCUCUAGAGCUACGCCGAAACGUCUAGAGAUACACAUCGAAUUGUAAUAGUCUAGUGAGAAAAGAGAAAAGAUAUACACACACACAGGUGUCAAAGCGU